UUACCGGGUCGGUCCUCAGCGAGGGGCUCGGCAGGAGGCGGAGGGAGGGCGGGGAGCGGCGGAGCAUCAUCUGGCGGGGAACGCGAGGGACCAAAUGACUGAGAGGAAGGGCGGCAGCCGCCGAGAGCAGCGAGCCGCGGCGCAGCGGCAGCAGCAGCCCCGCGCCCCCGGCGGCGAUGGCGGCGGGCGGCGGGGCUGAGCGGAGCUGAGCCGGGCCGGGCCCCCGCCCGCGGCUCCGCAUGGCGCGGGCCUGAUGUGGGAGCGCGGCCCGGAGCCGCGGCGGCGCUGCGGGAGCAGGAGGAGGAUGGCGGGGCUGCCGUGGAAGUGGCCGCGCACCCGCCUGCCCGUGGGCGCCAGCGCCCUGGGCGUCUUCGUCCUCUGCUGGCUCUACGUGUUCCCCGUGUACCGGCUGCCCGACGAGAAGGAGAUCGUGCAGGGCGUGCUGCUGCAGCAGGGCAAGGCGUGGAGGAGGAACCAGACCGCGGUCGCCCUGUUCAGGAAGCUGCUGGAAGAAUGCUGUGACCCUGGGCAGCUCUUUGCCAUGACAAAGAUGAAUUCCCCCAUGGGAAAGAACCUCUGGUUUGAUGGGGAAUUUUUAUAUUCUGUCACAAUUGACAAUGCAACUUACUCUCUCUUCCCACAGGCUACUCCCUUCCAGCUGCCACUGAAGAAAUGUUCCGUGGUGGGAAACGGUGGGAUCCUGAAGAAGAGUGGCUGUGGCAAACAAAUAGAUCAAGCAGAUUUUGUCAUGCGGUGCAACCUUCCUCCUCUGUCCAGUGAAUACAGCAAGGACGUUGGAUCCAAAACCCAACUGGUGACUGCAAAUCCCAGUAUAAUUCAAAAAAGGUUCCAGAAUCUGCUGUGGUCCCGAAAAGCCUUUGUGGACAGUGUGAAGGUCUACAACCACAGCUACAUCUACAUGCCAGCCUUCUCCAUGAAAACGGGGACAGGGCCCUCCCUGCGUGUCUACUACACCCUGGAGGAUUUCGGUGCCAAGCAGGCCGUCCUGUUUGCCAACCCCAACUUCCUGCGGGACAUCGGCAAGUUCUGGAAGAGCAAAGGCAUUCACGCCAAGCGCCUUUCCACGGGACUCUUCCUGGUCAGCGCUGCGCUGGGGCUGUGCGAGGAGGUGACAAUCUACGGCUUCUGGCCCUUCUCGGUGGACCUGCACGGGAAGUUUAUCAGCCAUCAUUACUAUGACAAUGUCCUGCCCGACUCCGGGUUCCACGCCAUGCCCGAGGAGUUCCUACAGCUUUGGUUCCUUCAUAAAAGCGGUGUGCUGAGAAUGCAGCUGGAACCUUGCGAGGACGCUCUAACCCAGCCUUCACCCUGAGGAUCGUCACAGUUCAGGAGAUCAGUAGUUUUUAAUUUCCGUGCUCUCCGACAGAGUUCUGUUUUAUGUUGGUUGUUUCUAAAGGGAUCUGCAUGGACCAUAAAAAUGCUACUUGAAGGCUAAAUGGAAUAUGUCCUUAUUGUUUAGUGCUUUUUGGAACUGGGAGAGGAUGAAAUGUAUCUCUCCAUCAAGUCCAUUCAGCAGUGGUGGGAAAAAAACCUCAGAAGCAGCACAGCUGAACUUUCCAGGGACGUUUUUAAGUGACAAGUGUAAAAAGGGCAUUAAGGCUCAGAGAGUCACCGGGCCACUCAUAAGCUUUUGCUGACAGUGCCAAAUAUGACUAUCUCUUCCAAAUUCCAUUUCAUUCCAGAUCAGCACCCUGUAGAACUUUCCUUUUUCCGUGCUUUUUUUCCUCUGUUUGGGGGUGUGUGUGUAGGACAGCACGUGUGUGUCAUUGACUCCUUUGUUUCUUUUCCUUUUAUUCCUUUUAUUUUUGAUGUGUCAUCCCCUCCCCCGAGGAAGGAAAAGGAAGGGCUUAAAAGCCCAAGGAGCUGAGUACCAUCAGCUUCUCUGAAGACUCUUGGGAGAGUGAAGGUGCUCUGAAUCUGGUUAGAAUGUCAUAGGAAUGCCUUGCUACUGAGGAUGGCUAGACCUAUGUAUUGUAGGUACUAUCAGGAUGGUUCAGGUCACUGCACUUACAGCUAUGCCAGUGCUGUACUGUGGGCAAGAGCUGGUUAAGGCAAAUUGGUCUGAAAAGAGAGCAUGUUACAAAACCAGCAGUGAAGUGCAGCCUGAUUUCAGUGACCUGCUGCAAGAUUUCCGCAGUGACUUUCAUAGCAGGGAUGGUUCCUGACCUGUUUUUCUGUCCAGCCUUAGGGAUUAAUUCCGUGUUCAUUUGGACUCCAGAUGUUCAUGGACUGUUGAGGGUAUUUGAGGGGUUCAAUGGAAUGUAGAAUGAGGUUCUUCAUGUGCUUACAGCAGGAAAAAUUGCAGAAAUGAAUGUGUCAUUUAAAAUUAGUCGAAGCUUUGAAAAUCGUUUCUCUGCGUGUGACUUGCUCUUCUGCUUGGAUUGUAAUGUUAGCCUUAAAGACUUGUACUUCUCACACGAGAUUGUCUCUGCUUAAAGAGAGUCUGGGAAAUAAAACAGCCUUUGGGAGCACCAAAAAGCUGCACAGCCAGCAAGAAAAACGAAAAAAGGAAGGGCAUGCCUGAUGCAAGGCAGCCCUGCUCACAGUGGUGAAUCCUGUCAGUGUGCACAGUGCCUGAAGGACUGUUUUAUUUUGGGUUAUUACUUGGGCAGCAGAUGGUCCUCUCACUGUGGAAAUGAGAAAUCAUUUUGUUUGUUAGCUUUGGUUUAACACUGGAGGAUAAGAGGAGAAUCCCCGCUCAGUCUGCAGCGCAAUUUAAGCUGCAAGAUGUUACCACCAUUAACUUGAAAAAUCCAGAUCAGUGUUCUUUUUCUUAUUAUCUUGUCAGAGAAAAUCUAGUCAAUGUGUUGGAACAACAAAACUGUCAUCAACUUUCCAUGACAACUUCCUGUUCUAUUCUAGCUCCAAAGUUCUAGUAUUUUGGGGGAUGUGUCUUCUCAAGUGUUGAUAAGGUCUCUCUUUGUAGAGUGCCAGCUGCAAGUUCUAUAGAUACAAAUAAUUUUUUUAAAAAAGUUAAAUCCAUGGCUCUUCUUUAAAUAUGAGUAGUUCAACUCUGUGUAGGAAACUGGGGAAAAAUAAUCAUGUUUUUAUUUUUAAACCUAUGUUUCAUAAUAAAAAUUUUCUUUUGGAAUAAGGAUAUUACAAGCAUGAAGUGGGCACUGUUUUGUAGAAUUACAGGACAAUGCUGAAGGGUAAUGUGGAGAUUUUGGAGUGUUCUAGCUACUGUUCUGAUAGUACCUCAGUAUUGUUCUGAAUGUACCUCAUAGCCCAUGUUAUCUUUGUCCAUGUUUUCAUUAAAAGUACAGUCAGCACAUUGAUGGAACCUCACCUGAUAAUUCAUUCUGUUUCAUUAGUGCAUUACCUAUGGUGUAGGGACUCGAUGAAAAAGGAUUUGAAAGUAAAAUAUUUUCCUUGCUGCUUGUUAUGGUAGAAUUUGACUGAGCCUUUGUAGGUCCCUUCUGGUGUCUGCAGUCCUGAUGUUUGCCAGGAGAUAGCUUCCAAGGAAUUAUGGGGCAGGAGGCGCCCAGGCUGUGUGAUGUGCGGCUGAUACUGGAGAAGUCUCUGGUUCUGGCCCUGUUCACAUCUAGGUACAGUGAGUAUAACUGGUACACACAGUACAAAGGCAACCACAUUUGGUGAGGAAGUAAUGGCUUCAAGGGUAAACAUUUUUCUAUAACUUGAAAACUGGCAGUUGAGAAAAGGAGAGAAAGACAAAUGCCACUUUUUGGAGGCAAAAUCUGGUUUAGCUGACUUGUCAGUCCAUGGAAACGCUGGCCAGCAAUCAGCCUUUUGCCCAGCAGGUGAAAAGGGAUGCAGGAGAGCACUGCAAGUCUUCUGUGGCAAGAACAGUCAGAAAGACAAAACCAAGCAGCUGGGAACAUAAGAGUGGCUGUUACCUGAGGAAAUGUUGGAGUGAAGGCUCUCCAUUCCUGUGGAGUCUGGAGCCUGUCUUGGGGAUGUCUUGGAGGAGGGCAAUCCAUGUGCAGGAACACUGAUAUCAAACACGGCGUGGCAUGGAAGGGCCUGAGAAUUUAUCCAUCUUCAGGAGGGAGGUCAUUGCUUGUGUUGCUGUAUUUUUAGUGAAGUCUUUUGAAAUCUUAAUUUUUUUUAGUGAAAUUCCCUCCUGCAGCACCUCUGUUUCUGCUGUCAGUCCCUGGGUUUCUCUGAUAGUGUAGCUAAAGCUGCACAAAUCUGCCAUGUGGAAAGCCACUGUAGUUCAUCCUCAAUAAAAUCUGGUUCAGGCUGGUCAAAUAAUUUGUUAAUAGUCAUAGUUUUUAAUUUUAUCAUAGAGCUGCCAAGGGACAGAAGUGCUGGAAUAUUGCUCUGCCUGUGGAGCAAUCAUUGUCCCAUGUUUGUAAGGAGAAUAAAUUAAAUACCUUUACAAGAAAGGUAUGCACUGAAAUCCCUCUUCUUACAAUCUUUUUGGGGCUGUAUAUGUUUUGAGGAAAUCGAGACCAAUUUUUGAACUUGUGACAAAACUAUGUGAAACUUUCCCUCCUUGUUGAUUAGGAAGCAAAACAGAAACCAGCAAAGCAAAAUCCUAGAGAAGGGAGUGGGAGGUGUGCUCAUGAGAAUAAAAACAUCUCUAAUUUUGGCACAGACUUUGUUACAGUGCUAAGAACUCUUGCUCAUGAAUGCUGUAUUUUUAUUUUUUUGCUGGAAUGAAGAUAACAAGUUUGGUGUGAGGCAGCUACUAAAGUCAAAGGUCUAAGCCUCUGUUACAGCUAAAGUUUUACAGAACAUGGAAAUAUUGGCCUUUUUUUUACUUGACUACUUUCAUCUUUUUGGGUUUUUUCUUCAAAAUUCAUGUUGUUUUCUAGGCAGCUGAGUAGCACCUCUGUGAGAGCUGAAACUAAGCAAAGUAUCUGCUUUUUGAAACUUAGUGUCCUGAAACGUGGUAGUUUUAGAAAACCACUCCUGGAAACAGCUUCAUGGAUACUAACCUAGUAUCAGGCUCACCCUUGCCUGUAAUUAAGGUGUAAGGGAACUUUUUAUCUAGAAGUGAGGAAAAUUAAGGAGGUGACAGGAAUGUCACCUUUUUGCUGCCUCUCUGACUCUUUUUCAGCUUAAUAGAUUAGUAAGUAUUGGAAGUCCACGUUAUAGGAAGGACAAGCUGAUUUUUCCUGCCAGUCCCAUCAAAACACAGAUAUAAAAUGGACUAACCAGGUGCUGUCUUGAGUCAUGGCCUCCUUCAAAAGCUCACAUGGUGGAGUUUCCAUUAGCUGAUUCUUCCAGGUAAGCAAAGUUCAUCAGGCUUUGUCCAGAAAUGCCUGUUCCCCAUCUCCAUGGUGGUUUGAGGGGUAUUCUGGGUACUGUAGCUGUCCUAGUGUGCAGUCACCUCCUCUUAAUGUGGACUUCUAUUUCUGCCCCACACCACCAUCCUAAAGGAUCUCUCUUCCCUGUCCUUCCAGACAACCAUUCCCUUAGGGGAUGGAAGUGUGAUUUUAAAAAUCCCUGCCAUAAGGCAGGUAAAUGUUUUGUAGUUUGAACAAGCUUUGCUUUCAAACUGUUGACAUAUCCACCAAGAACUCAAAAUAGCUCCAAAUAAAAAAAAUAGGGCUUCAUCCACGUGUUGGUAAUUCCCUCACUGGAGAAGAGAAAGAGGAUAGAAGGAUGUGUUUUUCAAGGCAAUGGUUGUAAAAUAAUACCUGUUCCCUUGAAUUCCCGUAUUUUAUCUCUUGGAAUCCAUCAUGUUUGACUUUUUUGUAGUUUCUCAACAGAACAAUUAGUAAAAGACUUAGAGUUCUUUUUGUUAAAUAUUAACAAACUUGUUUCCCUAAGUGGAAUGCAAAGAGCCAACAGGAGGCUUAACCUAUCCUCCCCAGCUAAUAUUUUUUGGCAGCAGUGAGAACUUAAGCAGCUACUCAUUCCUCUCUCAUGAUUCAUUUUCAUCAGCUUUUAUUGCAGCAGGCUGAGCCCUGGUGUAUUCAGCCUCUUCAGCUUAAUGCAUGUGCUUUAGAAUGAAUUUCACUCUGCACUUCAUCUGUUAUGAUGGGGGAAGAAAUGUGUUGCUAAUUGAAAAAGCUUGGUGUGGUGCAGCCAGGAGAGAGGCACUGCCAGAUUCAGGCUCCUUCUGGCCAUUCUGAGCUCCCUGCAGGACUGUGAAAAUGCUCCAGCUGUGGCUGUGGGGCCCAGCUGUGCAGGACAGAGCGGGAGCUGGAGCUCUUCCCCUGCUGGAAAAGGCUGAUUGUUCCUCGUAGCCCCUGCUGUGGCUGUGCCCAGUGCCCAGCAAUGCCCCCCUGCCUGGGCUCAGCACCAGGGCGUGCAGCUCAUGGCCAGCUCAUCACCCCAGGUAAUGACCCAUGGCAUGAUAAGCCCUGUCCUGCUUCACAGCCAGGAGGGCUGGGCUUGCUGGAAAUGGUGGUAGCUCAUCCCUUUGGAGACCAGCCUGCCUCUAGCAGCACUUGAAAUGCCUGGCAGAUCUCAGGAAGGCCCAUUAAAGCUGCAUCUUUAAUUAUUGACUGUGCACUCCUUCUGCUGUGGGGGUCAGCUUUCUGCUGAGCUGACUAUUUAUCCUUUCUGAGACCCUCUAAAGCAAGGGAGCCUUUAGCAUUUGGACCAUGUGGAAUUUACUGUGUUAUCUGAGGCCUUCAUCUUCCAAGUUAAACUCUUUUUUUCCCCCUUUAUCCUGGAUUUAACUCCUGUGAGUGAAUCCAGAGUGAGUUCAAGAAAGCAGUUUAUUGUGAUUGUUUUCUGGGCUUAUGAAAAAGAUGGUGUUCAGUAAAACACUGGAGCACCUUUUGGACAGUUCCUUCUGUCCAGAUUUCUAAUUGUAUAUUCAAUGAAUUGUUUCAGUCAGGUGGGACCCAUAGCAGAGAUGAGUUGCAUCAUUUUCUGUUAAUUGGAAGGAAAUAAUUAUAGAACUGUGUUACAUUUCAAGCUGAAUUCUUAUCAACAACUUAAGGAAUCUUCCUUCUGCAGGAAACUUUGUUGUUGGGUGAUUCUCUUGAUAGUAAAUUAAAAUUCUUCACUGAAAAUAAAUGCAUAAUCUGCAGUACUGAGACACCAAUUUGAGUCUCUACUCAGAUAUCCCCAACAAAGAUUUUGGUGUUCUGCAAAAGUGCCGUAAUCACAACUUAUUUUUUUCUUCUGUGCAUGCAUUCUUAUAGGAAAUGCUUGAAAUUUUUUUUUGUAAGCCCUCCAUGUGCUGAAAAUAAACACUUCUUCAUCAGGAACACAAGUUUCCUUUUGGGUACCCAUCAUAUGCAGGGUAAAACUGCCAGGAGAUGUCCAGUUCUCAGGAAAAUGCUGGUUUGGAGUAGUCUGGCAGGACGCCUUUGAGCACGUGAGUUGAUUCCUGCCUCUUGAGUUGUAGAGUUUGGGCAGAUGAUACAGAGUGUGCUGCACUGACGGGAAAAAAAAAAUAUUAUAUAUAUUUUAGCCACAGCUCUGCCUGCGUGAUGUCUCCCUCUGUGGAGUGAUAUUUCUUCAGUCUGUGAGGGCCCUUGAAGGACUCUGAUCCUACAGAUCAAUCAUGUGUUGACUGAUUUUAAAGGCCUGAGCUUUGUACUGAAAGCCACAAGGAGCAUGGAAAUGUCUGGGAAUUAUGUCCUUUAGUGUAUUAUCGUUUGGUCACUGCAGGGUUUGGCCUGUUACAAAAACAUAUACAUAAAAAUCAUUUUAUCUGAGUAUCCAAAAGCCAUCUUAGCUGAGUAUGAGACUUGCAUGUAGGAGGAGGUCACUGGAAGGUGACUCCCUGAUGCUGCAGAGUGCAGAAAGCACUGUGGUUUGAUUUCUAUCAAUAAUGAAAUUCCCUUUGAGGUAAUAUUGGAUUAGGUCAGCUUUCAGUGCUCUUGAAGCUCCCACUCCAUAAGCAUUUCCAGUAAUUGUUCCAUGCAGAGGCAGACACAGGAGAUUUUUUUCCUUGUUCACACAUGUCACCUUGCAUUGAAAAUGGAACAAAAAGUAAAUGAGAGCUCUUACCCUUUUCAGAGGUCUCUGGAGACUCCCUAAAUAAUAGAUAGGCACACAGUUAUAUAAAUGUAAACAAAAUAGCCUGAAGUUUAUAGCUCAGAUGCUGGUUACUAUGUUGAAUAAUUACUUUCAAAUCAUUUAGAGG